AGAAAAGGACACAGCACAGGGGGAGGAGAAACGUCUUGUUCCUGUUGUGUGCAGGCAGAUCCUGAGUGUGAUGAAGAUGCAUGUCCACAUUAGAGGAGCAUCCUGGAGAGGACAAUAGCUCGUCCUCCUACUGACGGAUUACAGCGUGCUGCUUGGCUCAAACUGUCUCACAUCGGGCUCCGAGCCGUGACCAUGAGCGAGGCAAAAAAAGGUGAGAUAGCCAUCCGGGACAAAGCCAUCCUGCACCAACAGAGGCGUCUGAAGCAGGCCACCCAGUUCACACACAAGGACUCAGCUGACCUCCUGCCCCUGGACGGACUCAAGAGACUGGGCACGUCCAAAGACUUGCAACCACACAGUAUCAUCCAGCGUCGCCUGCUGGAGGGAAAUAUCACGCGGUUGAGAGGGGAGGCCCAAGACCCCAACACCAGGUUUCGGUCUCCUCUGGCUGACAGCAAGGACAGAGCUGCAGAUGCAGAGGAGAGGAGCGAGAGCACAGCCGACGACUCCACCGAGGAGAGAGAGUCUCUGGAGGAGAGCGAGAAGAGCCUCCGGUCAGACGAGGAGGACGACAGCACCGAAGCCAGAGCUGGACAGACGGUUGAGAAGUGCACGGGGAGCUCCAGCCUCCUCACAGCGCUGCUCGUACGGUGCAAGUGCUGCGAGACUGAAGUCAAAGCAUCCAUCAACACCGGCAGCAGACAAAACCACAUCUCCACCUCCUGCUGCCAGAGGCUCGGCCUGGUGCCCUCUCAAGAUGGUUCAGAUGGUCGGUCCACAAUAGUGACGGGUCUGCAGCUGCAGCUGGGCACACAGACGGUCCGAUGUUCAGCCUACGUCAAAGAGGAUGAAGGCUUUGACCUGUGCCUGGGUCUUCACACUCUGUUGGAACUUCAAUGCUGUCUGGACCUGAGCAGUCGCGUCAUGAAGCUGCGGGGCUGCAGUGACCAGCUGCCGUUUCUUGACCCUGCGACCGACGGCCGGUGCCAACACGACACCAAUAAGAACCUGUGACCCAGAACCUACAGUGGUGACCACUUCCUCACGUCAGGACUGGCUGCAGCACUGUGGAGCGACAUCGUUUCAGUGUCUCACAACGGGGACGAGUGUGUGCUACAGUCACAAUUCAGUUUACAUUGUUGUGUUUGUACAAUUAAGACUUUAAUGAUGAUUAUCUAUAGUUUAAAUGACGGGUUUACAGAAUCGAUGCGCUGCAGCUCAGCUAAACGUGGCGGUGGAGUCUUUCAGCUGACAAGUCUGUUCGGUCUGUUGGAAAAACUCUUGUUUAAACUGCGAUAUUUCGGGGACAUUUCAAGUUGGGGGUGGACGUUUGCAAAUCUCGCAACUUUCCAUUUCACCAGCUGCACUAUUCUGAUGUUCUUUUUGUCAGGCGUACAGUGACGUGCAGUUGACUGGAUAGCUUUUAUUUUUUCGUGAAUGCAUGCAAGGAAAAAAAACAAUAAAAUCUGGAUCACAAUGAGAAACUUUCAGCACUUUCACACCAAUGUCAUCAUACAGCAUUUCAUUUUCUGGUGUGUUUUGAGAUGGGUCAUCUCAAUCAGAUCUCUGAGUCUUCAGGAAGAAACCAGUUCCUUGGCACAGACGAUCCAGAUUUUUUUUUUUUAAACAAACAAAACCUAAUAUAUUCUGAUUUGGCUGCAAAGAAAAGUAUUUUAAAGCAUAAAAAAACAAAUAUGUUAAUGAUUAUUGAAAAUCAUUUCAGUGCAGUCCACUGAGAGUUAGCAUGACUCAUCAAAAAAAAAAGUGCUGUUUCUUCUUUUAAGAGCACUCAAGGGAACUCUUUAAAAGCUCUGACAUUUUUGAUAGUGGUAUAUAAUUAGGGCGGUCAGGUUUCCUCUUGAAGAGACAAAGAUAAAUUACGUAGAAUUUAAACUUCUCUGAUCUUUAAUGCCCUACAUCUUCUUUCCCAGCAGCAGAUCGAGACAGAAAUGAUUCUAACGUCAAACGAGAGUGCGGCAUGAAAACAUUCCAUCUGCAUGACUUUGUAAAGUUCUGACUUUGUACAUGUCUGCAUGCGUGUGUACUCGUGGGACCGCGUCACGU